UUAAUACUUUGCACCUUCUAACUUUCAUCAGCCCCUUUCCCUCUCCCCCUUGCCUUCUCUCUUCACCUUCCAACGGCCUCUCUUUCUUGAUAAUGAACCUCGCUUAGCAUUAUUUGCUGAAUUCCCCUUCUCUCUCUUUCUGAAGCAAAAUACUUGGUCCAAAAAUAAAGCUACUACAUAUAUCUCAAAGCCCCCAAAAGCCCAGAUAGACAACAAGAAAAUUUAGCUCGUUUUCAGCUCAGAAAGCUCAGAGCUUUAUCAUUCCUGUCUGGGGUUUGCAAAAGUAUUUUUGGGGCCAAAAGGACAGAUCUAGCUUUCGAGCGGUGUGAAGCUGCGGUCGUGUAAUAGUUUCCCUUUUUACUUGUGAUCCGCUGAGCAAGAUAAGUUUGCUGGAGGAGGAAUAACCUAGGAGUUCUUUACAAUGGGAAUUUGCUUGAGUGCUAGAAUUAAAGCUGAAAGCCCAUAUCAUACAGGGUUAACUUCAAAAAAUGUGAGCACAGAUGGGAAUAGUCUGAGGAGUUCAAGUGGCAAGGUCUCAUCAGGCUCAGUGCCACCACCUCCACGGAGUGAGGGUGAGAUCUUGCAGUCUCCCAAUUUGAAGAGCUUUAACUUUUCUGACCUCAAGAUGGCCACCAGGAACUUUCGUCCUGAUAGUGUGCUCGGAGAAGGAGGGUUCGGCUCAGUUUUUAAAGGUUGGAUUGAUGAGAACUCAUUUGCAGCUACCAAGCCUGGAACGGGUGUGGUAAUCGCUGUCAAAAGGCUUAACCUAGAAAGUUUUCAAGGCCACAGGGAGUGGCUGGCGGAAGUGAACUAUUUGGGACAGUUUUGCCAUCCUCAUCUUGUGAAACUUAUCGGCUAUUGCUUGGAGGAUGAGCACCGACUUUUGGUGUAUGAAUUCAUGCCCAGGGGCAGCUUAGAGAACCAUUUGUUUAGAAGGGGUUCUUACUUUCAACCACUCUCUUGGAACCUCCGACUGAGGGUUGCUGUUGGAGCUGCAAAAGGACUUGCUUUUCUACACAGUGCUGAAAACAAAGUGAUCUACAGGGACUUCAAAACUUCAAAUAUUCUGCUUGAUUCGAGCUACAAUGCCAAGCUAUCCGACUUUGGACUGGCCAAGGAUGGACCCACAGGUGAUAAAAGCCAUGUCUCCACAAGAGUUAUGGGAACAUAUGGAUAUGCAGCACCAGAAUAUCUAGCUACUGGUCAUUUGACUUCCAAGAGUGAUGUGUAUAGCUUUGGAGUUGUUCUUCUUGAAAUGCUAUCUGGUAGGAGAGCAAUUGACAAGAACAGACCGUCUGGAGAACACAACCUCGUUGAAUGGGCCAAGCCAUACCUAACUAAUAAAAGAAAAAUCUUUCGCAUCCUGGAUAACCGUCUCGAAGGCCAGUAUUCAUUGGACGUGGCUUAUAAGGCAGCUAACCUUGCUUUCCGAUGUAUAUCGAUGGAUCCUCGGUUUAGGCCAACCAUGAAUGAAAUAGUGAAGGAACUAGAGCACAUUCAGGACUCAAAUAGCAAAGAGAAGAUUGGCAACAAUGCACCAGCUAGGUCCAGGCCUCGCAGACUAAGUGCUGAUGAUGCCAGAAAGAGAAACAUUCCUGCUGCUUAUCCGAGACCAUCUGCAUCUCCCCUUUUCAGCAAGUAAACAUGAAUACUGGAAAAAAGCUUUUCCAUUCCAGGUCUGAGUAGUAACUCGAGCGUUUUCACGGUAGUCUCGUAACCUUGGAAUUGACUUUGAAACGGUGACAUGUACAGCGAUAAUGUCUAAAAGAUCUCCUGCCUUCAGUUUAAAACAUGUUUGCAACACUAGGUAGGAGUACAGUUUGGUCUAGCAUAAAAUGAUGUUAGCUCUCAUCUUAUUGGGAAAUUUUUGUUUUCCCUGUAGGGGUCUUGUCAUCUUCAAAUUUGUAUAUCUAUAUGUGUGUAGUUCUCUAUAUAUAUUUUUGCAAUUCUUUGUUUUCUUGCUUCUCCUGACGGAUUAGUUGAUUCCAAUGGAGAAAAGAACGAGGAAUGGCCUUGUGAA